CAUGUCAAGUGUGUUUGUAGAGACCUCUGGUCGACAUACUUUUAGAAAUGAGAUAAGAUUCAACAUGGCGUUUGUUAUUAAAUUGAAAAAUAAAUAUAAGCAGAAAAAAAGAAUUUCUAUAUUUUAAUUUCAAAAGUUUUAUCUUAUUAUCCAAAAGAUACUAUUUAAUUAUUACAAUCUCUACUUUUGAAAACGAGAAUUUAAAAUCUAAAUUUAUUAUAUAUCUAAUAAAUGCGUAUAUAUAUAUAUUUAUCUACAUACGUACAUAUUGUUGUAUAUUUUAUAAAUAUUAUUCACUUGUUUAUAUCAGUUAUCAACCCUAAUAGAUAUCUUUAGUUUUGUGGAUGUUUGUUUCUAUUUUUAUUUUCACUUCCGUUUCAUCUUCUCUUUCUACAUUAUUAGUAUCAUUAUUAGACGCAGAUGGUAGUGCCACUGUUGGUAGGAAUUAUUAUUAAAAGAGUUUCAUUUUAAGCACAUGUUCAGCUUAAUUCAGUUUAGACGGUUAACUCUUUUGAAAUAAAUAUAAUAAUUUUACAAAAACAAAUUAAUAUACUUAAUUAUAUUUAAAAGAUAUAUUAUGAAUAUAUCUUUUAACAAUACACAUUAGAAGGUUCUACUUAUGAAAUAAGAUAUAUUUAUUACAUACGUAAAGAUGAAAGGACAUGGAAGUGAUACUAAAAAUAAAAGUGUUUCUAAGUGGUAUGAAGAAUUUCCUAAAGCAGAAGUGCCUUAUAAGCACGCAAAAUCAGAUUUUGAAGUACUAAAUUUAAAAGAUGAAGGAAAGAAAUAUCUCAAUGCAGAUACUUCAGCUUUUCAAUUAAAACAAUCACACUCUAAAAAUUCAGAAAUUAUGUGGUUAAAAACAGCAUUAACACGUGGUACAACUUCUGAUAAAGUUGCAGCCGCAGUUGUUUUGAUACAAGAUAAUCCAAAAUAUAAUCUUGUCCAACUAACAUCUCUUAUUUCGCAAGUAAAAGCUGCUAAACACAACCAAUGCAACAUGAUUAUUACUGCUUUAAAAGAUCUUUUUUUAUCCGACUUACUUCAUCCUAAAUAUAAACUCUUAAAAUUUGAGGAACAAGAUUUAGAUAAAAUAGAAAACUUGGAGACAUCAGAUCAAAUAAAUAAGAUAGAUGGAUCUAGAAAAAAAUUAUUGGCACAUUGGUGUUUUGAAGAUCAAUUGCGUGAACAAUAUGAAAAUUUUGUUUUAUCACUUGCUAAUAUUGCCUCAGACACAGUGGAAACAAAUCGUGAGAGAGCAAUAUCUGUGAUGACAGAUUUGUUAAUUGGAAAUUCUGAACAAGAACAUAAAUUAUUAGAAUUAAUUGUAAAUAAAAUAGGUGAUCCACACUGCAAAGUAGGUUCAAAAGCUGUAUUCUGUUUACAAAAAUUGUUAUAUGAACAUUCCAAUAUGAAAUUUGUCAUAUUAAAAGAAGUUGAAAAGCUAUUAUUCAGAAAGAAUGUGGGACAACGUGCACAAUAUUAUGCAAUUUGUCUCCUAACACAAUUUGUAUUGACAAAAGCAGAUGAUGAAGUUGCUACUUCUCUUAUAGAAGUAUAUUUUGCAUUCUUUAAAGCAUGUUUGAAAAAAGGAGAACCAGACAGCAGAAUGAUGGCAGCAAUCUUAACAGGAGUUAGCAGAGCAUAUCAUUUUGCAAAAAUAGAUUCAGAUUUAUUACGUGAUCAUAUUGACUCUGUAUAUAAAGUUAUACAUAUUGGAUCUUUUAAUGUUUCAUUAAAUGCCCUUAAUCUUUUAUAUCAUGUUGAGGGAACAAGUAAAGAUCAAUCGAACAGGUUUUAUUCAGCUUUCUAUAGAAAACUAUUGGAUCCACAAAUAGGUAUAGCAAAUAAACGUGCAGUUUUCCUAAAUCUUUUAUAUCGUGUCCUUCAAAAUGAUCAGAGUUUGUUACGCUUGUAUGCUUUUAUAAAACGGAUAUUACAAAUUACAUUGUACUUUCCUGCAAAUAUGGCUUGUGCUACUUUAUAUGUAAUAUCCAAAGUUCUACAAUCGCGUAAGGAUUUAAAGCACUUUUUGUUACAUUCCCAAAAUUCCAUUAAAAUAGAAAAUAAUUUCUCUAAUGCAAAAGAGAAUGAUUCAUCAAAAAAUAAAGAAAUUAUUAAUAUUGAUGAAAAUGAGCCUACGGUUUCACCAGAAAUGGAUUCAAAUAUUAUGAUGAAUGUUACCAUCGAUACUACAGUAAAUUUACCAAAACAGGAUAUUGAUGAGAAACAGGAUAUUGAUGCAGACACUAAAGAUUUUACACAAAAGCCAUAUAAUCCAUUUUGUCGUAAUCCUUUAUAUGCCAAUGCAAUGAAAAGCUUACAUGCUGAACUUGUAUCAUUAUCUAAACAUUUCCAUCCAAGUGUGUCUUUAUUUGCAAAUUUAAUUAUUCAAGAGAAAACUAUUAAUUAUACUGGAGAUCCUUUGGAAGAUUUGACAUUAAUACGAUUUUUAGACAGAUAUGUCUUUAAAAAUCCUAAAAAAUUAGAAAGUAAGAAGGUACAAAAGAAGAAUGAUCCAUUGGCACAGCGUAGUGGUUAUCUACCAAAAGGUAUACGCUCUCUUCCUGUUGAUAGUAUAGCAUAUCUUAAUGAGGCAGAAGAGCGUAUCCCAGUAGAUGAAUUAUUCCUUUAUCGUUAUCUAAAAAGGAAAAACGAAUCUACAAAUGUGUAUAAUGAAAAAGACUCUGACAAUGAAAGUGUUAAUAGUGAAGAAUUCAAUGAAAUGUUAGAUAAAUUUAGUACCAAUGAAAAUUUGGAUGAUUUGGAUAUUGCUGCAGCUAUUGGAACAAUAAAAAAUAAAAAAGAUGAUGAAAUAGAUGAUUUUGAAAAUAGCGAACAUAUGGAAGAUGAAGAAAAUGAUGUUAAUAGCAGUACUGAAUCUGAAGAUAUUGAUGAAGGAAGUGAUAAUAGUUUGGAUGAUAUAGAUGAUUCUGAUAUAGCAGAUAUAGAAGAUGAAGAUCUAAGCGAUAUAUAUUUUAGUGAAGGUAGUGACAAUAAUGAUGAUGAUCUAAGUGGAGUUAUGUUAAAUAUAAAAAAUAAACACAACAAGGGUAAUGAUCCAAUUAGACAGCAUAAGGUAAAAAAGAAUAAUAAAAAGAAUCUAAACGAUAUAUUUGUAUCCGCUGAAAAAUUUUCACAAAUGUUGGAAGAACAAAGUCGAACGAAAAAUAAACAUGGUAGUACAAAUGCAUUGAAUACAAUGGAUGGUGCUACUUCUAAACAAAUAGAUUGGGAAACAAAAAGGAAUCAAAAACUAACUAGAUCUUUUGACAGAAAAAAACGGAAACACGUCAAAAUAUUGAACAAUAAAAACAAUAAAAAGAUUAAACGAUAGUAACAAUCAUUAUAUUCAUUUUUGUAUAUUUUGUAAGUUUUUAAGUUUGACCAAGUUGUUUUAUCAGAACAAGAUAUCUUAUUUUUGUAAAGUAUUGAUAUGAUUAAAUAGAUGUAUGCUCGUAAAUGAUAAAGCAUAUAUUCAAUAUUUUUUAAAAUAAGAUCUCGUUGUACUAUUAUUAAUUAUAAUUGUAAUCAUUUGAACAUAAAACAUGUUUUAUUUCUUUACAUAAUAUUACAAGAAAAUAAAAAAUUUAGUAAAAAAAGAAAUAACAGUGACAAUUAAGCUUUCUUUUUUUGCUUUAACAUAACAAUGUUAAUUUUAUGUAUAAUGAAGUAAAAUAGUACGCUUUAUUAAUGCACUGUAAAUAUUUUUCUUUUUUUAGUAAAAUAAGUAAAAUCAUUCUUAAUUUUAGACUGCCAUAUAUACUAUUACAUUUUUGAUUGAAUAAUAUGACUGUAAUAUGUUGCAAAGUCAUGAUAGAUGUGCAAGUAUUUUUAAUUUAACCACUUAACAUACUAUUAGUAAAAAAUUGUUUGACUUUGUUAUUCUCACAGUGCAACAUUAAUAUAUUUCAAAGAUAAUUUACAAAAAACCACGCAUUAUAAUUUGUCGUUAUAUGCGACAAAUUCUAAAGCGUGCUGUGUACAUAUACUGUAAUACUAAAUGCUACUCUUGGUCAGGUUUCGCUGAACUUUCUUCAUCGUGAGCUGGACUGUGCCAUGUUAGGCGUUCUUCAUAAAACUUAAUUACUAUUUGGGGGCAUUUUUCGUUGGCAACACGAGCAGGUACUAAAUCGGCAUCGUCUGUGCCUUUCCAUUUCAUUAAAAACAUGAGUUCCCCGCUUGAAUCUGUUGCUCCGAUAAUACGUUCAGGGUCUAAGUUUCUGUCAAAUCCUACAAUAAAAGCUUCAAUAUAAUUUUAACCUCUUAAAAUUUACUAUUGAUAAAGUUAGUUUUGUUUGAGAUAUAUGAAACUUUCAAUUGUUGAAAUUUACCUUCUGGUUUCUUUUCUUCAGUUGCUUUUUUCUUCGCUUGUGUUGGUGUAGGAGUGCUGGAACUCUUCCUCUUUUUUUGUUCCUUUUCUUCGUGUCUUUUACCAGAAGCUGCUGCUUCUUUCUUUUUUCGCUGUUCCUCAAAUUGUGCUAUUAAAUCGGGACAAUCGAGGUUUUCUUCAGGUUCCCAUGUGUUUUCAUCAUUGGAAUACCCCUUCCAUUUAAGAAAAUAUUCUACCUGUAAAUUUACAAUACAAAAGUUUUUAAUCAAUAGAAUCAUAUAUUGUUCUUACAUAAAAUAAAUGAAUAUGA